UACUGUAGAUUCCCCAGGAAUUCCCACGGAGUGAAAACAUAUGGAACUUUUGGAUUAUAAAAGGAGGGAAUAAAUGUGAAUGUUAUCGAACCCUAAAUAUAAUAAUCGUUUGAAUGAAACAUUUGAAUCGUUUAGUGAUUGAUAUUAACAACACCUGAGUUGACACUAAUUAUUGAAGACAUCGGUGAAGACAUACAUCACACGCCAGACAAUGUCAUCGUUGGACACAUUGCCGGCUCCCGACCCGACCAGAGGUUACCGUACUUUACGCGAACACAACGAAUAUCUUGAGGACGGAGACGCCGACUGUUUGGUCAUCGAUGAAGCUCAAAUAUAUCCAACAAUUCAAGUGAAAAACGGAGACAUAAUUAAGCCGACGGUUACUAAUGAAAAGGUCGACAAUAUUUUUAUUACAAGAGAUGAAACACUUAGGAAGCGCUUUGUUCGAUGUCUUCGCGUCAAUGGUUUGAUUCCGUCUCUUGAGAUGAUUAGAGACUAUGAUAAUUACGUUAACAUUGAAAACAGUCGUCUCAUAAGAUUUAACCAAAUAAUUGCCGGAUUUAUACUACAUUUAUGGCAACUCUUACUCAACUUUUACGUCUUUAUAUAUCCAUUUGCUUUGCACUCAAAUGAAGAAUUGGGCCAAGAGUUUAGUAAAUCAAUGGAUUGGAAGAAAGGUUUGAUUCGUACCUUUGAAUGGCAUCCGGAAGGCCUCAAAUGUGCCGUUUGUCACAUAAAUGAUUGCAUUUAUAUCUAUUCGGCAAACACUUCAUUAAUUGCAUUGCUUAAACAUAUUAACCAAUCAAAAGUGAUGGCAAUGUCUUGGAGUCCAACUCGUGAGGAGAUUCUAGUAGUUUGUUGUCAGUCAGCGAUUAUCAUUUGGACAGUCGAUUCUAAUUCACAACAAUUGCGUCCGAAAUCAGAAAGCAUUCGUAUAAUAAAUAAGGGAUUUAAGAGUCCAUUAACCGAUCUCUCAUUUGAUCCAAGCGGACAAUUUUUAGUUGCAUGUAGUCCUCAAUCAUCGAUGUUAUACAUUAUAGAUAUUGAUAAACUUUCGAUUGACAAAACCAUUAGACGAUUUGGUGUUUGUUUUACAAGACUUUUUUGGUCUCCCGAUGGUAACCGUCUAAUGACUAGUACUACUGGCCAUUAUAUAUGUGUUUUUGAAACAAAGAACUGGUCAUCUGCUAAAUGGUCAGAAAAUUUCAGUGAUAUUUGUCAAACUGCGUGUUGGAGUCGACCCAAUGGACGAAUACUUCUAUUUACUUCGAGAGACAAUCCAACUGUCUUUGCCAUACCUUUUUAUGAUAGUCCGCAACCCAAUGAUGUCGGCGGUACGCGAAAGUGUUUAGAAGUAUUAGACUUAUCUGAACGACAAUUUCCCAAUGGUGUCAAAGUUGGUGGUAAUAUUCAUCAAAUGAUUUGGGAUAAGAAUAGCGAACGACUGGCCAUAUCUUUUAAAGAUAAUAACGAAUACAUAGCGUUAUACAAGACAGUGAUCCGAUCCAAUCUAGAAGUGACACCAAUUGGUUUUAUUCACGGCGUAAGCACUGAGAUACCGCUUGUCUUGACAUUUCACAACACUUUCCGAAGCGGUUCUCUACUUACCAUAUGUUGGAAUAGUGGUGUUGUCUCUUAUAUUCCUCUUCAGUUUGACUCCAAAGCCAAUAAGUCAAUGUACACAAAGGGUACUCCACGACCACUCACGUCGUUUUGUGUGACGUCCCCUAAUGUCAGCAUUCAAUCACACGGAACGUCAUUCAGAGGAACACCAUUUAGAAUGUCUACGACAUUCAAUUCUCCAGUAAAUCAUUUAAAUCCAAACGAUUCGGUUUUAUCGCCAAAAAGACCACUACUUUUCACUCAAUUAGCUAAUAAUUCAUUACACGACACGAGUUAUAAUUCACUGCAAUAAUUGUUUUUUUAUUAUUUAUU